AUGGCCUUCAAUUGGGAUGCGUAUCUCAACACUGAGUCCUUCAAGAUACCGAGCGACGAAUGGGCGAAUCUUGUAGCACAACCCGUUGCCCCUCCCACCUCACAGAUGCCCAAAUCCACAACGACCGACACGUCAGGAUCUUCUCCUGAAGACCUCAACAACUUCGACUCCUUCCUCGGCCCACCCUCGGGCGAUUCCUACUUUGACGAUUCACUGUUCUUGUCCAACGACUAUUUCCUCGGCGACCUAGACGUCCUCAAACCCUUUGGCAACAACUUUGCUGUCGGCAAGUCUAGCACAGAACAGUCUCCAGAGCCCGCCCUUGAGACUGCUAACGACUCAACAUCACAAGCAUUUCAAGCGUCGAUGAAUGAGCUGAACCAAUUAGCCCAGAUGUCAUCGGCUCAGAGGCAAGCACUACAGCGUGCAAACACUUUCCCUAACCCUGCAUACGAGUCCAUGUUUCCCAACAACUUGGAUUCAGGUUUCGUGGAGGAUCUCACCUUCCCCGAUGGACCCAAGGGAGCAUCAAACACUGCAAAUCCGAGCGUGGAGCGGAAGACAUCGCAAGCGGCCAAUACCACCUCCAAGCGAAUCAAGAAUAAGCCAGACAUCCUCUCUGCCUGCUGGACUUCACCACUGUGUCCCAACCAUGACGUGAACGGACCGCCUCCAAAUCCAUCAACGUGUGGCGGAGGCUGUGCACCGUUCUUGUUCGCCGAUCAAGACGCUCUUCCCAGCAUUACCAAUCUGCUCAACGAGCCCCAAGAAGUCACUGCUGAAGACGGCAUAGUUGAAAUCCAGCCACGACCUAAGAAGCGAUCAGAGAGCGAUGCAUCCGCCAAUGGCUUCUCAACUCGUCAAUUCGAAAGCCAGCAGAAUACCACAUCGCCCGCUGAAGAGCAGCCACGGCAUAAGAGCGAAACUGCAGAGGAGACGUCUGCGAAAGACUCCCCCGAAGGCCCCGAUGAUGGAAAGUCAAAGCCCCGCCGGCGCUUACCACACAACCAAGUCGAACGAAAGUACCGCGAAUCUCUAAACACCCAACUCGACUCCCUCAAGCGUGUCGUACCGUCACUACAGCAGAACCGAGGAUGCGAUGGCGCUGACAUUGAGGACCUGCCCACGCCUUCGAAGCCCAGCAAGGCCGUUAUCCUAGCCUCGGCGACUGCCUACAUCAAGCAGAUGGAAAAGGACAAGAAGAACCUGGCAGACGAGAACGAACUGCUACGCACGAGGGUCAAAGCACUACAGUCAUUAGUCAAGUGUGACGACUGCAGCUUGAUGCAAUAUGUCAUGAACCUCAAGCUCAAGCAAGGAGGUUGAGAUUAGAGUGCACUGUUUCUGCUCGGGAUGCUGGCGUCUACAUAACAUUCAUUCGGCGUCAGAAAAAGACCGAGCAUAAUGAUGGAAAAAGCGUUGCAUCUUUCAUGUCUGUGAGACGACUAUUAGUUGACAGCAUACUUCCCUGCUUACUCUUUUAUCCUGCUUUCUUUCACGGCCGUACUGUACUGGCUACGUGCAAGCAGAUCAAGACUGCUAUGACUGGAAUGGCGUUUUAUGGCACUGGGGCUGCAUCAGGUAUGCGCUGAGGGAACAGCGCUCAUGACGUUUCUGUAAUACUUUUUCGCUGGUGUGCAAACAGGUCUAGAGUCUUGAGAGUAGUUGAAUUCAUGACUUGCUUUUGAAA